UGAAAGAUUACUUGCCAUCUCCAAAGCUGACCCACAAGAGAGCAUUCAGUGAUGAUGUCUCCCAAGUCAGCCCGGUUCUGGAGCCCAAAACAAUCCAAAACCUGAAUCCAAAGAACGAUCCCGUGUCCAGAUCUUCCCUCUGCAUCAACGGGAGCCACGUUUACAGCGACGAGCCCGCACCAAAGAGCCCCGUGUCUGUCCCGCAGAGCUCUGCGCCGCUGGCCGUGCCCAGCGUCCCCAGACGGCAGGAGGAAGGUUUUGGCUUCACCCCCCUCCAUCCUGACCCCCACGAGGUACCUUGGGGGGUCAGCAACUUUGAGAGGACGCAACAGAGAGAGGAGCCCAGGUUCAUCCCAUCUCCUCCCAGCUUAGUGUUGCAAGAAGAGCUGAAGGUCUCCACCAAAGCCGUCACUCUCAGUAACCAUCUGGGCAGAGCCAAGAUGGAAGAAAACAGUCGCUUAGAGAACAAACCAACUCAAGCUGCAACACCCAUGGUCCUCUCCGUGGAAACAACGAAGGACAAACCACCUGAGGAGAUGAGGAAGGAAGAGAAGAAAGGAAAGGGUGGCCUCUUCCACCACGGGGGCAACAAGAGUGACGCGGGAAGCAAAGGCCAAGGGGAGAAAGUGGGACCCUCCCAUGGCUCGUCCAUCCACACGACAGCAGGAGGAGAAGAGAGGAAUAAAACCAGCAGCUGGUUUGGUUCAAAGGAGUCCAAAGAGUCCCCUCAGAAACCCAG